UGUGCGAAGCGCUCAGAAAACUGCGCACGAAAGACGACGGAAACGGCAACUUCUGACUCGAGAACGCGCGUUUUCCAAAUUCGCAGAUUCGAGUGCCUGAGAUGCGACAACGGCUGCUGAUUUUUUCGAGUGCAUAAAUAUAUCCUACAUUGGUACGCCCGCUCAGUGAUAUCGGCUUAUCAAGGGCGGCGGCCAAAGCAGUAGGCAACAACCCCGACGCGAUAAGAUAAAAAGCGCAUAAUUAAAUGUUUCGCUGCAAAAUGAAUUAAAGGAGAGCUGUGAUAAAAAAUAAAUAAAAAAAGCAAGAAAGGUUGUUAAACACACGCAUAAAUAAUGCGAUCAAAAUCAGUGACAAAGAGCAACGCUUGACAAACACGAACCCAAAUUCCGAAUAAACUCCACCCGUGUCCACCAGCGAGGAGCCUCUCCGUCCGCGAUGCCCCCGGCUGGCAGUCCGAGGACCUGCGGACUUAGCUGCCUCCUCCUGAGCCUCAGCCUGCUCUUGGGCCUCCUCUUUCCGGGUCGCAUCCUGACGGCCGCCUGGUUCUACGAUGCCGAGCCCGUGGGCGGGGUGGCCAUCGGCUCCGACGAGCAUAGCUUCAAGACGCCGGAGACGAAGAACUCGCACAAGUCGCAGAGCACCGAGCUGGUCCAGCCCUUCCCCAGCCCGCCGAUGACGCCCGGUCACCAUGGCCACGUGGCCCGCCGGCAGCUGGUCUUUGUGGCACUGCUGCCCUCCGUGGAGUCGGACAACAAGAACGACUGCAUCAUGCCGAAGGUGCUGCCCGUGCUGGAGCUGGGCAUUAGGCAUGUCCAACGGAUGGGCUUUGUUGGCGGCACCCAGUUCGACAUCCAGCUGAUAUCGCGCGACACCUUCUGCUCCUCCAAGUACGGUCCCAUUGGUUUCUUCGAGAUCUACACCCAAUGGCCCGAGGUGAACGCCGUGUUCGGCCUGCCCUGCGAGUACGUGCUGGCCCCCAUCUCUCGUUAUGCUGACGUCUGGCAGGUACCGGUCCUCACCACCGGCGGCAAUGCCAAGGAGUUCAACAAGAAGUCUGAAAGCUACUCCACGCUCACCCGCCUCAAGGGAGCCCAGGUGAACAAUUUGGGCAAUGUGGUGCGGGCGAUCCUCAACAGCUUCAACUGGACGCGCACCGCCCUCAUCUAUCAGAACGAGAACGCCAAGGUCAAGGGCAACUCGGUGUGUUUCCUUUGCCUGGCCGCCAUUCAUGACACCAUCGAGGAGCACUCGGUCUAUCAGCUGGGAUUCGAUACUUCCACCUGGACCAAGGCGGACAUAACGCGGAUGCUGAAAAACGUGGCCAUGCAAACGAGAAUUGUCAUAAUGUGCGCCGAUCCGCAGUCGAUACGUCAAAUUAUGCUGACAGCCGAGGAGCUAAAUAUGAUCGAUAGCGGCGAAUAUGUUUUCAUCAAUAUCGAGUUAUUUUCGCGGGUUCCCUAUCUGACAUCGCAGCCCUGGUAUGAGAAGAACGACACGGAUUUGAAUAAUGAGCGGGCCCAAAAGGCCUACACCGCCAUGCUGACCGUAACCCCAAAGCAGCCGAAUGACAACGAGUACACCCGGGUCUCCAAUGAGAUCAAAGCCAUUGCCGCCGAGAAAUACAAUUACACAUUCAGCGACAACGAGCCGAUUUCUGCUUUCGUCACCUCCUUCUUCGACGGGGUCCUGCUCUAUGCCAAUGCCCUGAAUGAGAGCAUUCGGGAGGAUCCCACAAUGCUGACACGCCCCAUUAACGGCACAGACAUGGUGCGACGCAUGUGGAACCGCAGCUUUACCGGCAUCACGGGCAAUGUGACCAUUGAUGCCAAUGGCGACCGGCUGUCCGCCUACUCGCUGUUGGAUAUGAAUCCCACCACCGGGCGCUUCGAGAUCGUGGCUCACUUUCUACACAACCGGCUGGAGUUCGAGGCCAACAAGGAUAUCCACUGGGCGGGCGACCGCGAGGAGGCACCGCCGGAUCGACCCAGCUGCGGCUACGAUGGUGCCCUGUGUCCCGAUAAUUCUUUGCCCGGCUAUGCAAUCCUCUCGAUCGUGCUGGGAACCAUGGUGAUCGUGAUGGCAGUGUGCUUCUUCUUCGGGUAUCGCCACUACAUCGCCGAGGCGGAGAUCAAUUCCAUGAGCUGGAAGGUGUCGCUGGAGGAUGUGAUGUUCCGCGAUGCAGCAGAGCGCGGACUGCGCGGCUCCUUCCACUCUUUGGUAAAGCAAAGUUCGCAACUGACACUGAUGUCAGAGGAUAUGGUGUCCAUCAAUGGCGACCGCCAGAUCUUCAUACCCGUAGGCAUGUUUCGCAAAAGCAAGGUGGCCAUCAAGCCGGUGGAGGUGUCCAACGUGCACAACAUGCUUACCCGCAGCCUGAUGCUGGAGCUAAAGCGCAUGAAGGAUCUGCAACAUGACCACUUGGUUAAGUUCUACGGCGCCUGCUUGGACCAGCGGCGCAGCUUCCUGCUCACCGAGUACUGUCCCAAGGGCUCGCUGCAGGACAUCCUCGAGAACGAGCAGUUCCAGCUGGACUGGAUGUUCCGCCUGUCGCUCAUGCACGACAUCGUGCGCGGCAUGCAGUUCCUGCACAGCUCCGACAUUCGUUCCCACGGCAACCUCAAGUCCUCCAACUGCGUCGUCGAUUCCCGUUUCGUGCUCAAGAUCACCGAUUUCGGGCUACACAGUCUAAGGAAGUCGCAAUUCGACAUGGAGAGCGAUGGGGGCAAUUGCAAUAGUCAUGCUUAUUGGAGCAAGCUUUUGUGGACUUCCCCCGAACUGCUGAGACUGGAGCACCAGAGGGCCCCCGAGGGCACACAGAAGGGGGACGUCUACGCCUUUGGAAUCAUUGUGCACGAGAUAACCACUCGACAGGGCCCCUUUUACCUGGGCAGGUGUGCGUACGAGAAAUCGCCGCAAGAAAUCAUAGAACUGGUCAAGGGAUAUCACCCGCAGAGAAUGCAGAGACCAUUCCGGCCGGAUCUCGAACCAAAUGGCGAUACCAAGGCGGACAUUAACGGCAUCAUCCGACGCUGCUGGGCGGAGGAUCCAGCCGAACGUCCGGACUUUAAUACACUCAAGUCCAUGAUUCGCAGGUUCAAUAAAGACAACGAGACGGGCAACAUUGUGGACAACCUGCUGAAGCGCAUGGAACUGUACGCCAACAACCUCGAGGAACUGGUGGAGGAGCGCACCCAGGACUACCAUGAGGAGAAGAAGAAAUGCGAGAAGCUGCUCUACCAGCUGCUGCCGCAGAGCGUUGCUGCCCAGCUAAUCAGUGGCCAGCCCGUGGUGGCAGAGACCUUCGACCAGGUGACAAUAUACUUCAGCGACAUCGUCGGCUUCACGGCCAUCUCGGCGGAGAGCACGCCCAUGCAGGUGGUCCAGUUCCUCAACGACCUGUACACCUGCUUCGACUCCAUCGUGGAGAACUUCGAUGUGUACAAGGUGGAGACGAUCGGUGAUGCCUACAUGGUGGUCUCGGGGCUGCCCAUUCGCAAUGGAAACCAGCAUGCCCGGGAGAUAGCCCGCCUAGCCCUCGCCCUUCUGGAGGCAGUGCACAACUUCUGCAUCCACCACCGGCCGGAAGACCGCCUGAAGCUGAGGAUUGGCCUACACACCGGUGCCUGUGUGGCGGGCGUAGUGGGACUAAAGAUGCCACGCUACUGCCUCUUUGGUGACACCGUCAACACCGCCUCCCGCAUGGAGUCCAAUGGCGAGGCGCUAAAGAUACACAUCAGCGAGACCACCAAGGUAGCUCUAGAUGAGUUCGGCACCUUCGUGACCACCCGGCGGGGCUUCGUGCCCAUGAAGGGCAAGGGCGAGAUGCUUACCUACUGGCUGGAGGGCGAGGUGCCGCGCCCCGACGCUUUGAUGUCGCCCAACAAGCUCCUGCUCUCGAGACGCUCUUCGCUAAAGCAGCCUCAGCGCAGCCAGUCGCAUCAUCUGCACAAGCAACACUCCGAGCUGGUCGUGGCCACGCCCCAAGCAACCCAGGUGCCGCCGCCUACGAUCGCCCUGCCACCGCCUCCGCCGGCGAAGGAGUCACCCAAUCUGCGCGUUAAGCGCAAGAUCAGCUCCAGCUCGCCCAAGCUGAAUGGCGGGAGCUUCGACUACCACAAGACUGAGAACCUCUACUUGGAUGCGGCGGCUGCCCAGAGGCCCUGCGACAUCUACAGCAGCCGCAGCCUACGCGACAUGGAGGAGAGCUCCGACAGCUGGGAACUGGCACACUUCCGGCUGCCGCUGAGCGGAGCGCUCAAGAACCACCAUCACCUCAACCUCAGCAACCAGAACAACAACAAUAGCCACGGCUAUGUCCAUUCGAAUUCCAGCUCCAAUUUGAGCGGCAUCCUGCAGCCACCGGCGAUGGGGUGUCCCAGGAGCCGGCUAAAGCCCUCGCCCACGAUCUCAACGCUGCUGACGGGCGCUCCGGGUGUGGACACGUGCAGCAUGGACAGUGGCCAGCUGAGAAUCAAGUUUGCCGAGGGCGAUGAGGCACCGCUGCUGCCCACGUCGGCGCCACCUGCUGCCCCUGUUCCCGUUCCAGCUGCGACUCAAACAGCCAUGCCACUGGUGGCCAACAGCCCGCAGCGGAGUGCCAGUGGCCAGAACAUUCCGGGGGACAGCAACCACUUCGGCUACCUGGUGAAGAGCUACAGGCAACAGUGCCCUCCAGUGGCGGGCAGUGCCGUCACGCAGCCGCUGCUGGCCAAGAUCAACUCGUAGCUGUAAGCGGGGGGCGUCGCCUCCCACUCCCCACUCACGUGUAAUCAUGCAUAUUAAGUGUACUUGUUUGUGAUAAUAAGUUAAACCCAAGUUGAACAAGUUAGUCGAGUUAGACCGAAUCAAAUUCGAAAUUCGUAUACGGGAAAUCCUCUAAAAAUUUAAAAUGUUUUAGUAGUCUUCGUAGUUUCUAGUAACGCCCUUUCCUUUUACUUAUAAGUAGCGAAUUUUAUAUGUUACCGAUCAACAACAAACUAAAAACACUCGGUGUAAAUACUUUACGCCCAACCGAUUUGUUCCUUGUGCUUUGAAUAUUCAGUUUCUCCGAACACUCAGACAAUUAGCUUAAAGUAGGAUAUUAUUACCUAGGGCUAAGCGUAGAAAAUUUCAGCAAAUUUCUUAUAUGUAAAGUAUUAGACGAACAUGAAUAUUUAUUUUAACAAAAUUGACGAAUAAAGAAACCUGUA